AUGGAUAUCCUGGAGGUAGAUGCCCAGUACAGGAGAAAGGUUGCAGCUAAUAUAAGGAAUCAGCUGUAUCACCUGCUACCUUUCUUGGCCUCCUGCGUCCUCUAUUUUGCCCUCAGUCUCCUCGAACCCAGUGUGCUGAGCACUGUUGUCAAAUGCCUCCCAACACUCUCUUUGGCGUUCUUUGUGGCUGUCCAGUCCCACAGUACCGGAGCCUGGACGCCAUAUAGCCGGCGGUUAUUUCAAGGCCUGCUGUUCUCAGUGGCGGGAGAUGCCUGUUUGGUGUGGCCACAGCUUUUUCUUCCAGGACUGGCUGCCUUUGCUUUGUGUCAUGUCUCCUACAUCGCUGCAUUUGGCUGGUCUCCCUUUCGGCCCUUCACCUUCAUCCUUAUGGCAAUUUUUGUGACCACGUCUUACAUUAUCUUCUUGCUACCCUGUCUUGAAGGCAUCUAUAUAUGGGCCACUGCGGCCUACACAGGCUUAAUUGGCAUCAUGGUCUGGUGUGCUUUGUCCAGGCCAGAACAUCACCUCAGCACUUCUGUUGGCAGCCUCUUCUUCCUUGUGUCUGAUCUCCUUGUGGGAAUCAGUAAGUUCUGCUCCUCCCUACCUCACGCUCGCCUCUUGAUCAUGACCACCUAUUAUACAGCCCAGGGUUUGAUUUCACUUUCUGUGGCCUGCCAGAAGGUCCACUGGAAGUCUAACUGA